CAUUUUUGUAAUUUCAUAUCACACUUCUUCUCUUCCUCCUUCAUCCUCUGAAAAUUUUCACUCCCUCCAAAGACAAAAGAUAAAAGCAAAAAAAGAGUACAAAUACUCAUUUUCAAUACAACAACUUAUAGAGAGAGAAACUCAAAGAGAGAGAGAGAGUGAGUGAGUUGUGGAGUUGUGGGGAAGAGGAGAGACAGGAUAACAAACCCAAAUAAUUUCAUAUGAAUGAGAACACACUUUCUCACUCCCCCCCUUCUUCAAAAUAUCAUUAAUAUAUAUAUAUAUAUAUAUAUACAUAUCUCUCUCUAUCUGACCUGACCCUUCUGAUCUGAUCAUUCUUUCCUAAAAAAAUGUCACCAUUUUAGACAAAACCCACUCAUAAAAAUCACUUCUUUAUUGUUUUUCUUAACUUCCUCAAACUCCUCCUCUUUCCAUCGCCGUAACCGCCGCCGUAACCGCCACCGACAUGGCUUCAAAGCCUAAAUCAGAGACUCCCCCUUCUACAAAAGUCUCACCAGCAACCCCAAGAGUUGGGAGACCAAGAGGAAUAGCUAAAUCAGAAUCUGAUUCACCUUCACCACUGCAAAAUUCACGCCUUUCUUUGGACCGGUCACCGCGCCCCGCAGUGGCCGCCAAACCCGCCGUUGAUCGCCGCUCACCAAAGCUCACAACCCCACCUGAAAAACAACCCACUAGACUUGCCAAGGGAUCAUUAGAAUUGCAGAAUAAUUUGAAUGCUGCUCAGGAAGAUCUUAAGAAAGCUAAAGAACAGAUUGUUUUGGUUGAGAAAGAGAAGAUUAAGGCUAUUGAUGAAUUGAAAGAAGCUCAGAAAUUGGCUGAGGAGGCUAAUGAGAAGCUUAGAGAGGCUUUGGUUGCGCAGAAGCGAGCUGAGGAGAAUUCGGAGAUUGAAAAGUUUAGAGCUGUUGAGUUGGAACAAGCGGGAAUUGAGGCGAAUCAGAAGAAGGAAGAUGAGUGGGUUAAGGAGAUUGAGUCUGUGAGGAGUCAACAUGCUGUUGAUGUGGCUGCAUUGUUGUCUACUACUGAGGAGCUUCAGAGGUUGAAGCAUGAGUUGGCGAUGACUUGUGAUGCGAAGAAUCAGGCUUUGAGUCACGCUGAUGAUGCUACUAAGAUCGCUGAGAUUCAAGCCGAGAAGGCUGAGGUUUUGUCUGCUGAAUUGGCUAGGUUGAAGACUUUGCUCGAUUCGAAGCUUGAGGCUGAGACUAGCGAAAGUCAGAUGGUUUCGAAGCUCAAUGCUGAGAUGGAUAGCUUGAGACAAGAGCUCGAGAAGGCGAUGGGAUACAAGGAAAUGCUGAUUGAGAAAGAGGCUUCUAUUGAACAGCUUAAUGUGGAGCUUGAAGCUGCGAGAAUGGCUGAAUCGUAUGCGAGGAGUUUGGUAGAGGAGUGGAAAAUCAAGGUUGAGGAGUUAGAGAUGGAGGUUGAGAAAGCGCAUAAGAUGGAAAGAUCUGCAUCGGAGUCUUUGGAUUCGGUCAUGAAACAACUCGAGGGAAGCAAUGAUAUGUUACACGAGGCCGAGACUGAAAUCUCUGCUCUUAAAGAAAAGAUGGGUCUUUUGGAGAUUACAAUUGGAAGACAGAAAGGGGAUAUCGAAGAAUCAGAACGUUGUCUCGGUGUUGCCAAGGAAGAAAAUACUGAAAUGGCGAAAACUGUUGAGUCACUUAAGUGUGAGCUGGAAUCUGUGAAGGAGGAGAAAAUUCAGGCAUUGAGUAAUGAGAAACUUGCAGCUUCUAGUGUUCAAAACUUGUUAGAAGAGAAAAACAAACUCAUAAACGAUUUGGAGAACUCGAGAAACGAAGAAGAGAAGAGCAAAAAGGCUAUGGAAAGUUUAGCCUCGGCUUUACAUGAAGUCUCUGCAGAAGCAAGAGAAAACAAAGAGAAGUUGUUGGCCAAUCAAGCUGAGCAUGAUAGUUAUGAGUCUCAGAUAGAAGAUCUAAGAUUGGUGUUGAAAGGAACUAAUGAAAAGUACGAAACUUUGCUCGAUGAGGCUAAACACGAAAUAGAUCAUCUCACCAGUACCUUAGAACACUCCAAAAAUGAACUUGAAAAUUCCAAGGUUGAGUGGGAAGAAAGAGAGCAUCAUAUGGUGACUUGUUUAAAAAAAUCGGAACAGGAAAAUUCUUCCAUGGAAAAAGAGGUAAAUAGGCUUGUGAAUUUGCUCAAACAAGCCGAAGAAGAAGCUGAUGCAAUGAAGGAGGAAGAAGCCCAGUUGAAGGAUGGCCUAAAGGAAGUUGAAUCCGAGGUGAUAUACUUGCAGGAAUCUCUUUCGAAAGCAAAAGCCGAGAGCUUGAAACUAAAGGAGAGUGUAUUGGACAAAGAGAAUGAAUUGCAGAGUGUUAUUCAAGAGAACGAGGAGCUUCGAGCUAAGGAAGAUGCUGCUUUGAAGAGUGUGUUGUACAAAGAUAAUGAGUUGCAUUGUGCUAUUCAAGAGAAUGAGGAGCUUCGAGCAAAGGAAGAAGAAGCUUUAAAGAGAGUCGACGAAUUGUCCAAGUUACUUGAAGAAGCUUUGGUUAAGAAGCAAGCUGAGGAAAAUGGUGAGGUGACAGAUAUCGAAAAAGAUUAUGACUUGCUUCCUAAGGUAGUUGAGUUUUCCGAAGAGAAUGGACAUGUGAGUGAAGAACAACAACAACAACAACAACAACCUAAGAUUGAAAAUUUCGAGCAAGAAAACAAGGAAUUGAAAGAGGAAGUUGUGCAUUUCGAUUCAUUCAAAUUCGAAGCUUUGAAUGGAAAAUCCAAGGAAGAUAUUAAUAAUAAUGAGAGCAAAGACAAAGAUGAUGAGACAGUAGAGGUAGAAUUCAAGAUGUGGGAGAGUUGCAAGAUCGAAAAGAAGGAAUUUUUACCAGAAAGAGAAACACCAGAACAUGAAUCAUUAGAAGAAGAAGUGGAGUCAAAGGUGGAUAGCAGCGAGGCCGGCUUUGAUAAGAUCAACGGUGUGUCUUCCACCGAAACCAUUGAAGAAGGAAGUGUCUCUCCAUCAAAACAACAACAACAGAAGAAGAAAAAGCCUCUGCUCAAAAAGUUUGGAAGCCUACUAAAGAAGAAGGGUAGCAGCAACAGCAACAACAACCCGAAAUAGGCCUGAAUUGCUCUCAGCUAUGAAGGCAAGGUAUACUACUGAUUUUUAUUUGGCAUCUAAAUGUGUUUGCUUUUUUUUUAUUUUUCUUUUUCAAUUUCCUUCUGAUUUCCAGAAUAGGGUUUAAAAAAUGAAGAGGGUUGUAUCAUUCUCUAGGUUUCUUAUUUUUAUUAUAUUUUUUCUUUCUAAAUGUUCCAAUGUUGUAUGUGAGGAUAUUUUUUCCACCCCUUCCAUUUUCACUCUCCUUUUCUUCUUCUUCUUCUUAUAUAGAUUUUGUGAGAAGACUUUUUUUGUAACUUGAAAUUGUUUCAUUAUAGUCUUUCAUCAAUUUCCUUUAGUAGUAAGUAAAGCACAACUAUAUUUUGUGGCAAAGAAA